GCCUGAAGCGGCUGCCAGCUCAGCUCGGCUCUGCUGGGAGGGGACGACACGGCGCAACGCGAGUCUGCUUCCCCCUUUAAACUCUGCAAACUCGGUGUAAAGAAUUAGCGCACCACUUUUGGCAGUUUAUAAGCUCCGUGUCUAAAACUGUCGUGCUGAGAGGUGAUGCUGGGAGUGGCGGGCAUGACGGGCAGCAUUGCUAAUGCCCUGGCCAGUGCGGCCUGUGAGCGAUGUAAGAGUGGCUUUGCUCCGACUGAGAAGAUUGUGAACAGUAAUGGAGAGCUCUACCAUGAGCAGUGCUUUGUGUGUGCCCAGUGUUUCCAGCAGUUCCCCGAGGGACUCUUCUAUGAGUUUGAAGGGAGAAAAUAUUGCGAACAUGACUUCCAGAUGCUCUUUGCCCCAUGCUGUCACCAGUGUGGGGAGUUCAUCAUUGGUCGUGUCAUUAAGGCCAUGAACAAUAGUUGGCACCCCGACUGCUUCCGCUGUGACAUUUGCCAGGCUGUGCUCGCAGACGUGGGGUUUGUCAAAAAUGCUGGCAGGCAUCUGUGUCGCCCGUGCCAUAACCGCGAAAAAGCCCGUGGCCUGGGCAAGUAUAUCUGCCAGAAGUGCCACGCCAUUAUUGAAGAGCAGCCGCUGAUCUUUAAGAAUGACCCCUAUCACCCAGACCACUUCAACUGCAACAACUGUGGGAAGGAAUUGACAGCUGAAGCCAGGGAGCUGAAGGGAGAGCUCUACUGUUUGCCCUGCCACGACAAGAUGGGCGUACCAAUCUGUGGUGCCUGUAGGAGACCCAUCGAGGGGCGUGUUGUCAAUGCCAUGGGCAAGCAGUGGCAUGUGGAGCAUUUUGUGUGUGCCAAGUGUGAGAAGCCGUUCCUCGGUCAUCGGCAUUAUGAGAGGAAGGGGUUGGCAUACUGUGAGACUCAUUAUAACCAGCUCUUCGGCGAUGUGUGCUAUCACUGCAACCGUGUGAUUGAAGGUGAUGUGGUGUCUGCUCUCAACAAGGCCUGGUGUGUCAGCUGUUUCUCGUGCUCCACCUGCAACACAAAACUCACUCUCAAAGAUAAGUUUGUUGAAAUUGACCUGAAGCCGGUGUGCAAGCACUGCUAUGAGCGCAUGCCCGAGGAGCUGAAACGCCGCCUGGCUCGACGUGAGCGCGAUGCCAAAGAGCGCAAGAAAAAACCUGCUGUCUGUCUGUAGAGUUAUUAUUCUUUACGCCUCACCACUCAACCCGUUGGUUGGUGUUUUCUCUUUCUUACACUUUUUCUGUGUUGUUCCUUGUUUGACAGAAUGACAUGAUUUUAUUUGUUAUUUAUUUUGGAAAGUAAAACCAACAUCCUGCAAUCACGCUGUUUUGUGUUAAUGGCAUUUAACAAUUACUUUUAUAAUUAAUUAGUCUGCUUACUAUUUUCUCAAUUAAUUGAUAAGUUUGGUCUUAAAAAUGUUAGAAAAUAGCAAAAUAAUGAUAUUUUCCAGAGUCCAAAGUGACAUCAUGGUGUGUCAUUCAGUCAAUAGUCUAAAACCCAGUAAUAUUCUGCAAAUAUUCUUUCAAAUUGGUGAAGUUGUUUCUGCAUUUGCUUGUUUUUUUGGUCAGUUGCAUGUGUUUUCUUCAGUCAUAGCAUGUUGAGCACUCAGGACACUGAAUCUUUUUGUCAUUUUUACUUGAAAAUCAAUUUAAACAGGACCUUUCAUGAUCAUUUUCAGGUUUAUAAUGUUUUAUGAUUUCAAACAGAACAUGUUUAAAUUAUUGAAUGUUCAAAACCUUUCAUUUUCCUGUAUGGAACACCUUUUUGAGUCUUUUGUGUCUUGAUGUCUUAGUGCCAUUAUUGCAGCUGGGGAAUUACUAUUACAGAGGUAACAGCACUUUUUAUUGUGAAAAAUCACCAACAAUCACCAAUAAUAAUAUGUUCCAGCACGAAUAUGAUCCAAAAUAGUGGAAAAAUUUACAAAAUUCACAACCAAGUUUACAUGUUUCCCUGACGUUAUGUCAUUUUAUUUAGCAGUGUAAGCUACGUAAUGUAAACACUUGCAAGAGCGUGUCUCUAGCAAAUGACCAUCUAAAGAGAUUCGUCACAAGGUGAUGUCAGUUUAUAUCAAAAGGCAGAACAAAUGUUGGAAACAAAGUAUUCAGAACAGUCUGAAUCUUAAGGUUUUUACUCACAGAGAUUACGUUUACAUGCUGUUAGCUCAUUAUUUGAAACUUUGGCUACAUUUAAUAUGAUUACCCUUCUUUUUAACACUAUAUGUCAGACACAAAAUAUAGAAAAAGCAUAAUAGGUCCCCUUUAAAGGAGUGUUUGAACUGUCCUUACGAUAAACUCAAGCUUUAUUUUCAUUUUGUUUUGCUGAGAUACUUGCUGCCUUGCACUGAAAGAUGUAACUGCAUGACUAUUUCAAUGGUUUCCAAGAGCAUUACAGAUCAGCAGAUUAAGUGCUACCUCCUUAAAAAAAUAUGGCUUUAAUACUUAUAUAUUUUGAGGAGAUUGUGAUUUCAAGUGAAUUUUACUCUGCAUUGAUAAUAUUCAGAGAGAAUAAUGCUGGUGGGAUGAACAUAAAUGAAAGGCUAGCUCGAGAAAAAUCACUGACUUACAUAUGUAGCACUGAGAUCCUGUGUAUUUG